GUCACGCCCAGAUGUUCCCCAGGCCACGCCCCGCGGGGUCCGGGCGGCUCCGGGCAGCGAUAACGGGGUGCGCCGGGUCCGCUGUCACAGCGCGAUGGGAGGGCUGCGAGACCGCAUCGCCAGCUUAUUGCCUUCUUGAGAAAACGGCAUUAAUCCAUACUCCGAGCAACAAGCUGCCAGUGCCAGGAUCUAUCUGCUGUUCUUUUUCUCUUCCAUUGGACCGCCAACGCUUUUUCGAUUUAGUGACAAGCUGGGUGUGAUCGUCACGAACAAAAUGUGGGUUUGAUGGCUGCGAUAUCAGCCUUUACUCCUACAAACCGAUCCUAAGAAAUAAGGGAGGGAAAAGUCUGCUUGUGUAAUCUUUUUAAAAAGGGAAAGAGUGCUGUUGUGUUGGGUUUGUUUUUUCUUUUUUUGUCUUCGUCUGUUUGGAUUUCUUUUUAAACUUAUGAAAAAUGGCAACAGCAGCAUAUGUGGAUCAUUUUGCAGCAGAGUGCCUGGUUUCUAUGUCAAGUCGUGCUGUUAUCCAUAGUCCCAAAGGGGAGCCUGAUCCCCAGCCUGAUGCAGCAAUACUUUCUUCAUCCAAUGGAGAAGAUAGACGGGAAGUCAGAGAAACCGGGAAAGACAAUGGAUCAUCAUUACUUGUGGUAGCUAGCAUUUUAGCAGAUCUGAACCAGCAUGUCCCAAACUCACCUGCUCUAAGGACAGAAAAAACAGAGACUCUUGAUAUAACAGAACAAAUACACAUUUCUAUUGCUCCUAAGGAGUUUGGGGAAGAAAGUAUGUCUUCAGCUGGUAAGAGCGGAGGAGAAAGAACAGCCACACCUACUAGCCUGGCUGCAGUAACUGAGCCAAGCCCCAGACAAAAGAACAAACGCAUAAGAAGCUGGACUGACCCUGGAUCACCCCAGAAAAAGCACAAAUGCAACUAUGUGGGGUGUGAAAAAGUUUAUGGCAAAUCUUCCCAUCUUAAAGCUCAUCUAAGGACCCAUACAGGUGAGCGGCCUUUUGAAUGCAACUGGCAGGGCUGUAACAAGAAGUUCGCUCGCUCGGAUGAGCUGGCCCGGCACUACCGUACUCACACCGGAGAGAAGAAGUUCAGCUGUCCGCUGUGUGAGAAACGCUUCAUGCGCAGCGACCACCUGACCAAGCACGCCCGGCGCCACGCCAACUUCCACCCCAGCAUGCUGAAGAGGCGGAGCGGCAGCGGCUCCAGGACAGGCUCUGUCAGUGACUACAGCCGCUCGGACGCCUCCAGCCCCACGAUCAGCCCCGCCAGCUCCCCAUAAACUACCUGCACUGGAUGUCAGCACUUUGCCUCUAAUGCCUAACGUGGAGUUUUGUUCGUGUUGCACACAUUUAAAAAACUCUGUUGCUUCCCCUCCUUCAGUUCCCACCCUCUCUUUUUUAAAAAUCAGUAAAUAGCUGCCUCCCACUGCAAUUUUUCGUCAGAUUUUCUUUACCCAAACACACAAGUGGCUAUUCUAACCUCAUGGACAGACAAACUUACAUGUUACACUUAGCGACUCCUGCUGUCUCAAUAUUUCAUAUAUUUUGCAACCAUUAAUGGAUCCUCUUCAUUAUUCUUUAUAAGAAAAUGAAAAAAAUCUAAAAAACAAAAGAAAAAAAUCUGCUUAAUUCACCUCAGGUGUCGAAGUAGUUUGUAAAACCAGAUUGCACAAUAUAAGCAUACAUACACUUAAAAAUCAACUAUGUUGGAUUUGUGUCUCCCUUCUCCUUUCUCAGGGAUGGAUAUUUAUGUUAUACAAUAAUUACGAUGAAGACACACCCUAACCAUGGCCUUACUCUGUAAAUAUGAUUGCACUCAGAAGCUUUUUGUUAGGUUCUUUCACACACUGGGGAAAAAAUAAAAAACAAGCAGACAAUACAGAAACCAGCCCAAUACUGGAAUGUAGUACUGGACUCUUCCAUUGCUCAUUUUCCUGAUUAUACACCUGUGUUGGGGAGUCUCCAAACAGGAAUCUUGUCUUUCUUCAAGCUGCCCUCUGCCUAUGGUAGCAAGCUGUCUUCUCACUUCAUGCUGAAGAUGCACCAAAACCAACUUCCAAUUGCAAAAAUCUCUGUGAGGUUGGUAAACGUGUUUGUUGGUUUGUUUCAUGCUGGAUAAAAUUCUGAGAAAAAAUUUUCAACAAGAUGCCUUAAAUGAGUAACCUAAAUCACAAAGAAACAAAUUUACACUGGGUAAUGUUUUAUGGCAAGGUGGUCUGAAAUCUCGGAGGCAUUCUGUUGUCACUCUCUCCAAGCUGUUAAGCUGUCUGCACUGCCUGUUCAGUAUGGGACCAACAGAAUAUUUAAAUCAAACUACACUGACUUGAACAAUUUCCUUUAUUUCUUCUUCUUUUGUUUUUCUUUUUUUUUUGUUUUUUUUUUAGUUAACUACAGAAAUAGCAUUACUGAACCAAUGCCCACCAAAACUGUUAUCAACAGUUACCUACUGUACAGCUGUGUCUUAGAAAGAAAAAUUGGCCAAGACAUAGUUUCUGUAUUCUGUUGCAUCAAAAUUGUGGUCGUUGAUAGAAGGAAGUGAAAAUCAUAAGGUAUCUUCUGAUUGGAAUAAUAAAAUAUGCAUUUUAAAGUUUAAAAUAAAAUGACAUUACAGUUCAGCACUACUUCAAGUUUCUCAAAAUACAAAUACCAGCAUAAAGCAAGGUGCUCUUAUUUCUGAAUAACUGCUUAAUAACAGAAAGGGAAUAUUGGCUAGUUUUCAAUAACUUUCAAAUAUUUAACACUAGAUAGAGCACAAGGAUUUUUAUGUUUUAUAUGGUAGAAAAUAUAGUAACAGACCAGAAGCAUUGUGAUGUACUGAAAAUCUCACUGGCAGCAAAUACACAUUCCUUGGUUUGUCUGGGUUUGAUGGUGCAUAUUAUCAAUUCAGGUCAUUUUGAUUCUGGAAUUUUGGGAUGUUUGCUGUUUUUUCUGUAGGGUAUAAAUGCACUUAAGUGUAGCAUGGUGAAAAGAAACUCUCUAUGCCAAACCUGUCAUUUGAUAUUAAGUGAAUGCCUCCAGAUUCCCACUGAACCUGUAUCUUACUUGCUGCUUUGCAUUGAUCCAGUUUUGCAAGGUUUUAUUGUACUGUAUGUUAACUGUGAGAAGCUAAUAUAGAUUUCCAAGUAGUUUCACAGGUACUUCCAUAAUAUACAUUAUUUCUAAUACUACACCUUCUAUUAGUUGUACAGAUAAAUACUCUGAGUAUUUAUCGAUACAAAUACAACUAUAAAUCUAAACAAGUGCAGAUGUUUCAGUAUUUUUUUCAUGUUCAUUUGCUUCAGAUUUCACCCCUGUUAAUUCCCCCCUUUGAAUUGGAAGUUGUGAGAGGCACAAUUCUACUGUUUCAUUUCACAGAAAAUGAAAGAACAUAGUAAGGUUUUUUUGCAAGAUGACAAAUAGAGUUAAUAUGAUGAGUUAUGCAAGCUCUGGAGUUGGGGUAAAACCAGAUCUGUUGGCCUCAACAAAUUUCCUAUUUUCUUUUUUUUUUUUUUAACCUCAUGUACUGAGAUGCACAAUUUUAAGAACUUCAUAAAAUUCAGGUAACAGGAAUUCACAUUCCAAUAAUUUCUGUCACUCCUAGAAGUGCUCUUGUACUGUAGUUAGUAGAGAGGCAUUUCAGAUAUCCAGCUCAAGGAAUUCUACAGGUCAGCUCUGUCUUGUGCACAUACUUCAAAACAAGUCAAACACAUUUCUCAUUAUCAUUAUACCUUAAGAGAGGUAUAUGGAGGAGAGGUGGAACAAGAAAAUCAAAAGGAGCACUGAGUAUUGGGAAACAUUAUAGGCUUCAUGUUCCAAAUUCAUUUUGCUGUAAAAUUGCCUGUUCUAACAAGAGCAUAAUUUAAUCUUCAGGAAAGGAGGAAACACUCAAUUUCAUUUAUUUAGGACUUAAUAAUUCAGCAUGAAUCAGUUUAUGCAUUACAAACAAGUUGUUUUAUUAGCCUGGAGAAGGAAUAUUUGCACCGGGUUUUAUUAGUACUGAGAUUAUAGGAUAUAAAGGUUUUGGGACAACAUAUUCUGAGGGACACAGAACUAUGUAAUAUUUAACUCAAAGAGUUAAGUAAUGUUUUGCUCAUAUUCUUCAUAGAUUUAACUAAUAGUUUUUCAAGUUUAAGCAGGAGAAAAUAAAUUGGUUCCAAGACAAAUUUCCACUUCAGUCAGUUCAUUUAAUGAGAACACCAUGGAGCUGUAUAUAGCCAACACAACAAGACUUUCAGGAAAUACUCUGAAAUUGGUCAUUAAAACUUUCUGGUUUUACAUCUCAGCUGUAAAUACCUCAGCAUGUAUUAGGUUGACAGUCAAGUUACUGUGUUUUAAAAUCACAGAGUUCCAAAUAUGUCCAUUAAAAGUUUAAUUCUUUAUAUUAUAAAUUCCAAACCACUAGUAUUUUCCAAAAUGUAAACAAAAACUUCUCUUGUUAUUUUGAUAUGAGAAAAGAGUGCGGCUUUCUAGCAUCCGCUAGAAAUGUCUGAUGAUCAGCAAGGUCAUUAGACUCCAUUCUCAUGAUAGUUCCUCCUGAGUUUUGCAGACAUGAGAAGUCAGAGCAGCUCAAAUUAUGUUUUGAAAUCUGUUUGCUGAUCCAAACUAACCUCAGAUAUUUACCCUUCUGUUGUUUCACCCAGCAGUGUAAUCUAAAACAGUCUCCUGGCACAGCAACAAACAUGUCACACUCAGGAAAUACUGCUCUGGCAAGGUGCAGGUUUCUCCAUCUGGAGGAGUGUGCAUCUCUCCUGCCUCCUCCUUUCUUCAUGCAAUCUGUUGAGUUCUCACAAAAUACAACAUUGCCAUGAUUUUUUUUGCAUUUUAGAUGAUAGCAACAGCUUUAUUAAUAUCAAGAAAGCCCUGGAAAGUUUGCCUUUCUACAGGAAAUAGGUGCAAGUGAAAAUCAUCACCUCGCUACCAGGAGAAACUGAAGAUGCUCAUAGAAACUCAUUCACCCCUUCCAUUAACCUCUCCCUGUGCAAAGGCCUAAUGGCAACAUGAAUUCCAUUUUCAUCCUGCUUCUUAGAAAGCAGUCUUGGUAAAUUCCUGGCAGCUAAAUUUUGUGAGAAUUUUUUGUAUCUGCAAAUUAGUUGUUCCUUGCUUUUAUAAUACAUGCCUAGCAUCUGUUUACAUAACUGCAAAGGUAUAUAUUUAUGACAAGUCAACGGAAGCCUCUGUUUAAUGGUAAUACCUAAUUCCUGUCUGUAUCCCACCCUCUUUACUGCAUUAACCCUUGCAAGAAGUUGUAGCUAUGAGAGCUUCUGCACACCUUUAAACCUCAUCACCCUCUACUCUCCUUGCCUCAUGCAGCCAAGCAGUAAAGGCUCUCUGAGGAUCAUACCUGUUUCACAACGGCUCAUCUCCAGUGUUUUGUCAUGACUAACAGGAUUUGUACUUUGUGAAGUGCACUGUUGGUUUUGCCUUUUCAUUGCCAUUAGAUUUACUAAUUUCGUCAGGUCAUGCCUACAAACUAACUUUCAGGUGCUCUUUUACUCUCUCACACCAUCUGUUUGUGCAUUGGGUGCUAACAUCUAGUCUAUGUCAGUGAAUGGUAUGAUGAACAUCUAUAUUUGUAACUCUCGGGGAUAAGAGCUAUAGCCUUAGGCAGAAGAAAAUACCCAAAUUAUUCUUGUUUAUCCCAUAAGCCAGAAUAUAGAAUGCAAAAGCCCAUCCACUGGUGUAGGUUUUUAUAAAUAUAUAUAUUUAUAUAUAUGGAUUUAUAUAAGCAUAUGCACAUAUAUAUAAAAAUAGAUAUAUAUGUGUAUAUUGUAUAGUGUAUGUGUGUAUACAUAAAUACACAGCAGUGUGUCUAUAUUACACACUGAGUAAUGAAGGGAUGUCUACAGAGCAAAAAUAGGUAUUCAUUUCAUUGUAACUAGUGAUGGGCCUGAACCAAAUUCCUAGAUCCACAUGCCAUUGCAUUUGGACUUUUUGAACCUGUUGGAGAUUUGUGGUUGAGUUUCAUCUCUGGUUACAGGUGCAUUUACUUGCGUAUAUUGUGCACGUGGGGGACACGUAUGUGCAUGCACAUGUGCUUUUCCAGCAGCACAUGCCCGAGUGGGGGACAGGGGAUGUGUGUGCUGGGGAGCGUGCACGUGUUCACAGCUAAACUUCAGCUGCAGUGAGCUGUAAAGCUGCCAGUGUCACACUCACUUGUACAGGUUUGUCAGCAGCACCUGAAAGCUUCUGUGGCUCACUUUUCAACUCUUUAAAUCACUACAUUGAAGUAUUACAGUUGUACAGUUACAUGUUCAUCUGUUCUUGCUCUGCUGUAGCUUUUUAUGUAUUUUGUAUAGCAUAGAUUAUAUAUUGUGAUAAUGUCCUAUGCAACUAUAAAAAGAAAAAAAUUUAAAAGGAAGAAAAUUAAGAACUGUAAAAUAUUGUCUUAACAUGUAUGCAUGGUUAGUGAGGUUUACAUUUUCCAAAAUAAAACUUAUAACUAUGAAGUACUGGUUUUCUCUUAUUCCUUCUCUAUUUAUCACCUAAAAGGCAUCAAUUGUUAAUAUUUCUGCUGUUCAUUUGAGACUUGAUAUCUUGUUUGGUGUCUUUAUUCAAAUUUCCCCCAGUGCUAUUGUUUAAAAUGGGAUUUCUUUUAACAUUUGAAGAAAGUUUUUGUGAUGUUUGUUUUGUAUUCUGUGCUUUAACUGGUAUUUUGUAGUUGCAUAGUGAAAUUCCUUUCUCAAAGAUGGUAUAUAUUGCAAUUUUUACAAGAUGGGUAUGGGAUGGAUAUGUGUGACCUAAAGUUCAGAGAGUCAGCCCAGCCAUCCUUUCUUUUAAAGCUCAGUUUUUUGUAAUUUUCUGAUACAAUCUCUGCAAGUGGCAAUACCAUGUCAAAACAGUAGCAAUGUAACCUCACAGUAUCCUGAAAUGUUCUUUCCUAAUUUUAAAAAUAAGAAAAUUGAAACACAAAUUUGAGCAACUUUCUCAAAAACAUAAGGCAUUGGCAGAUGUGAAGGAAUGAAUCUGAAGUUUCUUGAGAAUGCAGGUUACACAACACUUCUAGGCACUGUUUGUUUCAACAGGCCCUAAACAGUGGCAUUCCCAAAGUCUUCCUACAAUGAAAGAUCCACCUCAUGUUUGAUAACAGAAGAGCAGUCAGAGAUUGUUUCCUAAACUUGCUAGAAGGAAGAAAAGAGAAACAAUUCCCUCCAAAGAACUAUGCCUGUACAUAGUCUGGAGCUGCUGCCUUGAUACUGUAAUGUAAUGUGCCUCCCUGUCCAGGCACCCUCGCUCUGAAAUGUGUAUGUUAGCACAUUCUGUCCUGCUUCUCCUCUCCAAGUUCCUAAAUGCAAGUGUGCAUCUAUCCUGCCGCCUUUUUCUAUCUUGCAAGGGUUUCUGUCUUGCCUGCAACUCAGUGUUUGCCAUGAAAUGUUUAUAGACUUGGCAGGAGUCCAGCAUUUCAGAAGAGAAGCAAGAAUAAUGCUAGAAUUAGGGUGGAAUUUUCCUACUUCCAUUUACGUGUGUAUAAUUUCUGGCUUCAAAGUAAUCCACCUUAAGAUUCACUGCGCUGGCUUUUCAAGGAACCAUACCCAUGGCAUGCUUUGCUAGUUGACUGCAAGAGAUUUAAGUGACAUAAAUAUAGAUACACAGUCAAUAGAAAGAGAUAGAAAAGUGAGAGAAGAUGUAGACUGAAAUAAAAAUGAGGUGAGGACAAUGAGACAAGUGUUUGUAGCAGCUGACUUGAAAGGCUUGAGCCUUUCAAGUGUACAGCACCUGAAUACACGUGGGGCUUCCUACAGAAUUUCAGAGCAAGCAAGCAAGGCAGCACCUUCAGGGAUGAGCAGAAACUGCAGGGAUGAGCAGAAACUCUUCCAAGAGCAGCAGAGAAGGGAGCUAAACGAGAGUUGAAGCAGGCAAGCACAGGUGUUUAGCCAGCUACACUGCAUUGCUGGCACAGCGUAAGAGGAUAAAGAGAAAGGGAGGAAUUUUCUGAAUAAGUUUCUCAAUGCAUGCAGCAGAAAAAGGGUGGAGUCUGGAUGCCCAUAUAUGUGAGCAGCGAGGGAGAAGAGAGAAGCAUGACUGAGCACAGGCUGUGGGGCAGAUCUGCGCUUUGGGCAACUCAGAGAACAAAAUUAUUUAAACAAGUCAUCAUUAAAAAAAAAAAAAAUAGAGAAGAAGAGAGACACAAGAAAACCUGAGGGGAGUUAUAGGCAAGACUGGGCCCCAAAGGUCUGCUAACAAAACCAAACCACUGAGCUUAGUAAUAGCUCUACCUCACCAAGAGAAAAGAGCCCGAGAGUAUAAUUGCUACCUCAUCAUAAUUGUAAAUAAAGGAUCAACCUGUCCCACCUGGUUGGCACUGGCAGGAGUUAGAUUUAAUCUUUGGCUCCUGCUGGCUGAAACAAAUAUUCAGUGAAAAAGGAGCGGUUGGCACCAGGGGCUGGACUAAGGGAGGCUCCAGGAUGCUGUUGCUGCUGGGUUUCUGCUGAGCUGAUGUUUCUUCUCUGCAUCACUGGAUGAUCGUGCCUGGCUGGGCACAGCACAGCAGGUCUGGGCCUGCAGCACUAGGACCUACAGGGAAUACUGCGAAGGGUCCCAAAGGUUCAUAGAGCCCAGGCUAGCUUCUUCAGAGCUAGCCCAAGUGUUUUCCCCAAGGCAUACCAGAUGGGACUGGGACAUCUCCCCGAGGGAAGGUGUGGUACUGCCAAGUUGGUGGAUAUGAGGACACCAUUGAGAAAAAAGGCCCAGCUGAAGGACAUGAGAGAUGGUGCUGGUUAGAGGCUUUCAUGUGUAUGGCAGCAUGGAAAGAGGGAUGAGAUGAGCCAAUGUGAGGAAUAGAUGAGAGGUGCAAUAAAUAGGGAAGGUAAGUUAAAGAGGGGGAAGAUAAAUAUAGAAAAAUAAGGAAGGAGUAGAGGGUAGGGAAGUUUGAUGUAAUUUUCUAGGGACAAAAAGAAAGGCUUAAGGUGCAAAAUCCUGACAGGGUUCUAAAGAAAGGAGAAAGGUAGCUCAUGUGGUAGCAAUUCCAGCAGUCAGAAGGUGAGGCAUGUCAGUGUGUGAUAAACAGGGGUGUGUGUCUUUAAGAGACUAAUGUUUGUGUUUUCCCAUGCUCUCCUGUUGUGGAAAUAACUUUCUGAGUCACUUCUCUGAUCCUGGAGACAAACUGAACAGACACAAAUCAUAACAAAACACAAUAGCAAUGGGAAGAGAGAAAUUCCUCCCUCCCCCUUCCACCACACACAUUUUAUGUCCCUGAUCUGAAUGCACUCAAAGUCUCACAGUGGAAGAGAAGGAAGGCAGAGACUGAAAAUGUUUUUUGGUACAUGCUCUUUGAAUCAGGCUCACCUUCUCCACCACUGCAUAAACAGUUAAAACAUUAAAGCCACACUUCCCCAGUCUGUUACUUUUAAACGUUAUCCAGCCUCUUUGGUCAAGUCUUAGCUUCCAGAUUUUCCACAGACAGUGAACUGCAACAGGAAUUUGCUAGCUUUUUUUUAACUUCACAGCCUUGCACUUCAAAGGCCCUGCAUUUUUUUUCUCAAGCCUCAUGCCCCACCCUUUGCAAAAAAGAUGUCAGUUUGGGACUCUCCAAAUGCCACACUAGGAAGCUCACAUAAGUCUAAGAAUCAACAUCACAGCUACCAUCUGCCCCGAGGGGAGUAAUGAGAUGGGCACACCCACAAGUAGCUGGCCCCAAACCCAGGCUGUAUCAAGACUUCCUACACCAAAACACAGAAUCAUCGCUCCUCAGAGCCAAGUUUGAGAACCAACUCAAACCCUUUGAAAUGAUCCAUGAAGUUGCAAGGCCUUGCAGGUUCAGUUUAACUUCCAAGCGUUUUGUUGACUUUGGAAAUCUUGUAACAAAUCCCAAAGUUUCCCUCUCUGGGGCUGCUGUACAAACGGUGUUUGCAGCCUGCUAGGAGAAACAGGAUGACUUGACAGAAGAAGAAAGAAGAAAGUUUUGUUCAGGAAUGCCGUCCCUCCUGCCAGCUCGCAGGGCCAGCCAAGGGAGACACCCGUGCUCCCAGGCACAGCAGCUUGGCAGGUCCCUCCAAGGAAAUUACCUACAUACACCUUCCUCCCUGCACAAGAGGAACCGCUUUCAGGGGCAGAAGUUUUGAAGGCAGCCACGCUCCCCAGCUUUUGCAACCUCCCCAGAACACUGGGUAAAGGGAUGGCUUCCCCUACAUCUGUCCUCACAGGCAGCUGUA